AAAAAAAAUAGUAGUAGAAAAAGUUGAUCUGAUUCUCAACUUUAAUCUCGAGAUGUCUGCGAAAAAAAUUGUACAGCUGAAGGAAAAUCCCGCUGUAACGAAUUUCAGAGAGUAUUUAAAGAUAUCUUCUGUUCAUCCUGAUGUGGAUUACAGUGGUUGCGUGGAGUUCCUGCAACGCCAGGCCGACAGUUUGGACUUGCCCCUGGCCAUAUACCACGUGGUGCCGAAGAAGCCCAUAGUGGUGCUGACAUGGCGAGGGACAGAACCAUCCCUGCCUUCCAUUCUCCUCAACUCGCACAUGGACGUAGUGCCGGUGUUCGCAGAAAAAUGGACUCGAGAUCCUUUCGGAGCAGAGAAGGAUGAGAAUGGCAACAUCUUUGCCAGGGGCUCCCAAGACAUGAAGUGUGUCGGCAUCCAGUAUCUCGAGGCCGUGAGGAGGCUGAAGGCCGCGGGCGCUAAGCUCUGUCGCACGUUGCACAUCUCCUUCGUUCCAGAUGAAGAGAUUGGCGGAGGUGAUGGAAUGAAAGCAUUUGUACAUACCAGUGACUUCAAGGCUCUUAAUAUUGGCUUUGCACUGGAUGAAGGUAUUGCCAGUCCAACUGAAGAAUUUGCCUUAUUUUACGGUGAACGGUCCAUUUGGCAAAUCCACGUGCACUGCCCUGGGACUCCAGGACAUGGAUCUCUGUUGCACCCGGACACUGCCGGGGAGAAGCUACGAGUGGUCAUCGAUCGCUUCAUGGACUUCAGGCAGAAAGAGAAGGACAAGCUGGCUGCGAACCCAGCCCUGACUGUCGGGGACGUGACUACCAUCAACCUCACGAUGCUCAAGGGGGGAGUGCAGGCGAAUGUGGUGCCGCCCGAGCUCACCGCGGUGUUCGAUAUGCGCCUGGCGGUGACCCAGGACCACCGAGAGUUCGAGGCACUGCUGCAGUCCUGGUGCAAGGAGGCAGGCCGGGACGUGCAUUAUGAUUUCGAGUUGAAAAACAAGAGGAACGCAAUCACUGCCCUAGAUUCCAGCAAUCCCUUUUGGAUGGCGUUCAAGGCUGAAUGCGAUUCGUUGAAACUAAAGUUGAAGCCAGCUAUAUUCCCAGGUGGAACAGACAGCCGCUACGUCAGACUGGUUGGUAUUCCUGCUCUUGGGUUCUCACCAAUGAAUCGUACUCCGGUCCUUCUACAUGAUCAUGAUGAAUUCCUAAACGAGAAGGUGUUCCUGCAUGGAAUUGACAUUUAUGAACGCCUAAUCCCAGCAGUCGCCAAUGUAUCAGUAUAAUCAGUUUGUAAGAGACCCUGCAUAGUAAGUCAUCACAGGAAGAUUUAGAUGAACAAGAGUUAAUAGGUACAUUUUUUUUUUAUUAAGUAUAGUGAUAGUGUUAAGUUGAAGUGGUGUUGAAAUGCGCAAGGCUAAUGUGCAUGUUUUUAAUUUAUUAGGUUUUAAAUGUCUGUGGGUGAAUUUCUGUUAAAUUUGUAGCAGUUGGUCACCUGCAGGUUGGUAAAGGUUUUAUAGUAACUUUAAUCACGUAGAGGCCUUCGUUGUAUGUUGCCUCAUGCAGCUAGGUUGUACAGAGCUGUUGUUUGGUGCAGUGAGAGUUGGUUAAUCUGUACCUAAUAUUGGUGGUGAAAAACAGGAAAGGGAAUAACCAGGGAUUAUGUACUGGCUAAUGAGUCUUAUCUUUGUACUGGUUUAUGAAAUUAGAGGCAGCCCUGACCUACUCGAGUGUCUUGCGGCCCCUUGGCCGUGUUUCAUGUUUGUGACUACGCUGACCUUUAAGGCUUAGAACAAAGAUACGUGGCAACUGAUAGUGAUAGCAAGUUAGAUCAGUGGUAUCACUUUUUUUAACGUUGCAAGCCAAACAGGAUCGAUAAGCAAAAUAUUAGGAAACAUAUGUUAGUGUUUCUGCAGUGUCUCAUAUAUGUAUGCUCUAACUGUUUAAGAGGUAGAUGAAAGUAUGUAUACACAUUCCCAUAUUUCUUUGGUUCUAUACUAAGUUAAUGCUGUAUAAAUUCUCCCACUUUUUAAACGUAUGUAUAUUGUACAAUCUUUUCCUGGUUCCUUGAGAAGUAUAUAAUAAAAAGAGGGGGUUUCACUUAAGUGCAAUAGCAUUUUUGAGCUCCGCAAGUGAAUGCAAUUAUUGCCGACCUUUGUGGGGUAAAUAAAAAAAAAUUAUUUCUGCAGAUUAUUUUUAUAGUUAGUGAAAAGGGGUUUAUCUAAAAUGUGCAGCAUGCUGUUUUCUGUGGCCAAAUUUUAGUGUUCUAUAUGUAUUUUCUUAGAAUAUUUAGUACAGUUCACAAGGGCAGACAGACUGGACAGAGACUCUGUACCGGGCUGUGAAGUCGCCUGUGUGUGGUCAAGACUUGUGAUGCUCUAUUUAUUUCUCCCCAAACCUUGUAGACAUGGCCUGCUUUGAGCAUUGGGCAUGCUGUUUAGAUGUUAUACUUAAACACUGCGUGGGCUCUUAAGGCGUCUCACUCGCUUGUUACUGCCGGUGAGCGGCACGUGGUCAAGAAUUAAAACAGUUUAACAGACAUGUAUUUAUUGAGUUUCACACGUUACAGUCUGCCUCUCCUCACAUUUGUACUAACAGUUAAAAAGCCUUAUGGCUGUGGCUGAUAACAGUUUGCAGAAAAUUUUCAAACUUUUUCAGUAAUUAAUUUUAGAUAAAUGACAUAUCAAGAUAUCAUAAAUCAAUGAAAACUGUUGCAACAAAUAUGUUACAUCCCUAAUUUAGUUUUGGUGCACCUGUCUGAAAAACUUGUUAAAGGGUGUCAUUUUUCAUGGUUGCAGGUUCUUUUAUACAUUUAUAACUUCCAUUUGUUGUUUAUGAUGAUUUUUAAGUGAGUUUGUGCUUUAAAAUGACUUUGUAAUUUUCAGUACUAAAUAUUUUUGAGAAUAGGUUUAUAGAAUUUGGUGAUAAAAAUUGCAAAUCCAUGUUGAUAAUGUGAUCAUGAUUAAUGUACAUACAUAGUAAGUGUGGCUUAAAAUUUUAGUAUUGUAUGAUUUUUCACAUGAUAUAUAGUGUAAGGACAAAUGUUAACACAUUUUCUUUUAUUGCUAUAUUUUGGUCAAAUGAGAGCAUGAGCAAUAAUGACCUGUAAACCCAUGUUAGUCUUGGUGCCUGUGAAAUCGCAACUAGUUUUGUGUAGAGUUGACUAUUAUGCCUUUGAUAUACCUAUUGCUAUUGUAUAUAUACUUAUUUAUGUAUUUGAUAUUAAAUAUACAUCUGUGUGAAUGUUUUUUUUGUGAUAUUAAAGUAAUGUCUGAGUUAUUUUGACUCAAUGCAAGAAUGUUGUAUUGUGUUUUGGCAAUAUGUAUUUCGCUGUAUUCUCUAUCAUACGAGUGAGACUUUUUAGUUUUUUACUUAAUAAAAAACUAAAACUGCGCCAGUCUUUUUGGUGUUAGCUUAGCUAUAAUAACAUUUUAUCAAAUUACUACUCUAUUCAAAAUACAUACUAAUAAUUUUAUAAUAGUAUAUUUUAGGAUAUUUUAUGAAAUAUAGAUAUUAGAUUAUAAAAAAAAAUCCCUUUUGGCACAGCCUUCAGGCAUAGGUAGAUUUUGAAGUACCUGUUUCUUCUGGAAAUAUUUCGGAAUCUUCUAUAAAAUUCUGGAACAUUUUAUGAACUUAAUGUACAUAACAUAUUUAUAUUCUUCAAUGUUACAAAAUGAUUGAUCAAACAUAUUCUUAUUUUCCAUACAGCAAAAAUAUUAUGAAUGUGUUUAACUCUAUGCAUCCAGCAUUGAAUAGCUUAGAACGAAUUACAUGUUAUGCCAACUAAGAUAAUUAUUCAAUUUUUUUGACCUUCAAAAAAUAUUUUUCAUUCCUUGCACUAAUAACGUGGUCGUAUAAAAAUUUGCUUUGCACCAAGAUUUAAAUUAUAACCAACGGAUAUGGUAUUAAACUUUCAAACCUUAUUUCCACCACUUGCAGUAACGGUUGGUUAGAUAAAAAUUUAUUUUAACAAAGUGUUAUCCAAUAUUUAGAAAGUCAAACAAAAAUAAGAAUGCAUUCGAUAGCGUACAUGGUAGUGAAGUUUUAUUUAUUUCUUAUUCCGACACCAGGUUUUUUUAACGGCUUGCAAUCAUUGUUUGUAUUAUCAAAAAUUGUUUCAGACAAAACUUUUAGAUAAUAUAUAUAAGGUGUACAAACAAUUUUAAUGGAUUUAAUAUUUUAAUUAUUAAAUGAGUUAUUAAUUUUUUUGUCCUUCAACCCCUGUUAUUUUCCACCCUUGCAGUAAUAGUUGGUCGUAUAAAACAUUAUUUAAGAUGAAAUUUGUAGAAAAUAAUUUAUGGUUUUACAAUAAAUUAUAAUGGAUUUAAUAGUUUACAUGGUAUGGAAUUUAUGAAUUUUUUUUAAUGAACACCUCCCCCCCCCCCUUUUUUUUAAUCCUGUGUUUCCAAUGUCUUGUUUAUUGAAAAUUGUUUUAAACAAAUGUUUUAGAUAAAAAUUAUACCAUUUACAAAUAAUAGGAACUAAUUCUAUAGUAUGCUUACUAAGGUAGUUAUGAAUUUUUUUUUCCUCCAACCCUUGCAGUUAUGGGUGGUCAUAUCAAAAAUGUAUUUAAACAAAAGUUUUUGGUAUUACCCCUACGAGUUAUAAUAUAUUCAAACAGAUGUGAUAUUCAUCAUAUAUUGGAAGCUAUAGCAAUUUUUCUGUUUUUCAAAAACUUUUUCAAAAACCCUUUCCCAUUUCUACCCUUUGGUCGGAUAUUGCCCAUUAACGAAAUCGACUGAGAUUUUCUAUGAUUAUAUUGUAUGUAUAAGUUUGGAAGUGAUUUGUGAAAAAAUACGGCAGUUAUCAUGUUCCUAAAAAUGAGGUAUAUAUGUAUAUAUAACGUGUGAUUUGACGAUGCUUUUGGUAUUUAUGGACCAUCAAACGAAUAACUAUAUAAAAUUUUUCUGGAAGUUGCAUCAUGGUAACGAAUUCUAUAAGUGGUAUUUCUUCUAAAUCUACCUAAAAAUGGUUUAAGCCACAAGUUUUUAAUGUUAAUAUGUCCGUGAAUAGAGAGAGAGUUCAAAGAAAGAUUGAACAUUAUUUCAAUCAUCUGUAUAUUUCAACAUCAUUAGCACUCAUAUCAUUGUUUGGCAGAUCACGAACGUUAAUGCCGAGUGUAAUGAUGAUUUUUUUGUAUCUAAGACAGCAAAGUUAUGAUGGGUGCCAGAAAGAGUUUAAGAUUAUGUUUUUGUCAAAUGGUGCAUGUUUUACAAAUAUGCCUGUUCUAUUGCAUUGAAUUGAAUGUAUUGUGUUUUAGUAGUGGUAAUAUGCAACUGUGUUGUGAAGUUUUAUUUUGCACAUGUUUGUUUCAUUUGUUAGUUUUCAAUUGGUCUGUGGUCAAAACCUAUUCACACUAUACAUGUAAUGUACCUAGAUUUUUUACUCUUUUACCCUAUUUUUGUGCAUUAAGAAAUAGUAUGUUUGCAAACGGAUUAAAUUUUGUCUAAAAUAUUUUAUUCUGAAGAAAGUGCUUUCUAUAUUGAUAUAAUAUCUGGCAACCAGCCAGUUGUUGCAUUAAACUAGUAGUAGUAUUCUUUUCGAAUUUGGAAUAUGUAUUUUAUCUUAAUCCUUGGUUAUUUUUUAGAAGUGAUUCUGCUGGCAUUUUGUACAAUAACUUAAGGUUAUUCUUACACAAUGACAAUUGGGUAGAUGCGAGUUUUGUAAAUUUUAGCACAGUUUGACAUUUUUUAAAUAACAAAAAAGUUAUAGUAUAAACAAACAUGCAAUAUAAUUAAUAGUUAUGUUGGUAAUUAUGUACCUUAGCAGCACAGUUUUAAAAAGUAAAAAAUUAAAAAUAUGAAACUGAUUUUUUUUUUCAUUACUAAUGUUUAGAGACAAGAUUUUAUAGUUAUUUUUAAGCCAAUUUUGUUUUUAAAACAGAAGAUUUCGGUUUUAUUAUUUUAAUUAUUAUAAAUUCUCUUUAUUCAUAAAAAUAUAUUGUUAAGAACAUAGGCAGGACCGCGACGCGCGCCAGGUUAGGAGCUGGCUGCUGGCCCCGCUCGGCCCUGACGUCACGCGCCGUGCACUGACGUAAGGCUUGCCAGGCGUGCCUGGUUCCUUGCUACACCCCCCCCCCUCCGCUCCCCGUGCACCUUAGUGGCCUGGGAAUUUCGGGCUUACAGAGGCCUCUGCGAGGAGUGAUGUGUAUGAGCGUCGCUGUUCUGGGUUUUUCGGGCGUCGGGUCGGCCCGGGAUGACGCGACACGUCACAGCCGCUCUCGUCCCUUCGAGAAGGACGCCACAGGUAUAUAAGCGACGACGCCUACUUCCGCGGGUGUUCUGUGAGUUCUGAGAGUUCAGCGACUGAAGGGAAGUGUUGACAUCUGCGAAGAGGGUGCGACGAACGACGGGACCGCGAGAGUGCAACUGAGCGGUGCGAGGGCUGUGCGUGUGAGGACAGGCGUGAGGUAAGGGGCGAAUCACUGUCGAGCCUAUCUUCAGUGAGCGAGUGCUAACUGUGGAACUUGACAGACAUUGACCGAAUAAACAUUUUUAAAUGCAAGUGACUGGUGAUCAGAUUUUUUAAGUACAAUUAUUUAUUAAUAAUGUAAAUAUUAGUAAUUAAUAAAACUGUAAUAAAACUUA